AUGGACAGAUUCAAAGGACCACCCACCCUCGUGCUCAACGCCAGUUGCCUCGCAAUUGCUCAGCUUAACCAAUACCACUCGCCUCUCUUGCGCCUGCCGGCUGAGCUCCGCAACAAGAUAUUUGACUUAGCCCUAGAAAUCAGCGCGAAGAGUUGGCAACAUAAGCCAGAUAUUCACUGGGACCGCCUCCAUCUAUCCCGUACGUCGCGGCAAAUCUUCGCCGAAACCGCACACACUUCGCAAUACACAUCUACCCUGUUGCGUACGCCACACACUAUUGGCAUGAUGACUGCGGCUUCCCACGACCCAAGCACAAGUUCACGCCGUCUCAAAUAA